GUGCUACUUUCCAGAAUAAAAUAAUUAUAGAUUAGAAAACCAAGAAAAAUGCAAGAAAUCCUAGAUAUGAUAUGCGAUAUGCCACUGGAGCACAAGUAGUUUUCAUUAAAAGAGACUGGAAGUGGAAGAUCUACUCUUUUGUGAACCAUAUAGAGCAGGGGUGUCAAACUCAUUUUUGUCGCGGACCGCAUUGUAGUCAUAGUUUCCUUCGGCGGGCCAUUAUGACUGUCAAUGCCUUCUGUUAUAUACAUUGUAGGCUACACAACAAACUGAUGAAUAACUCGUUUUGAAAUCACAGACUAGUAAAAACUGUUCAAAUAGUUUAAAAAGGUGAAUGUAAUAUACAUUUCUCUAUUUUCUAAAAGUGAAGACAAUUCGGAAUUUUGUUGUUGAUUGACACAUGAAGUCUAUGCACAAUUUGCCUUUGCGGGCCACAUAAAAUGAUGUGGCGGGCCAUAUCUGGCCCCCGGGCCUUGAGUUUGACACCUAUGAUAUAGAGCCUAUAAUGGAAUACGGUAUACCGUUCUGUGAUAAAAAUGGCCAUUUAACACAUUUGCACAUUAUGUACGAGAAUCCAUACAUUUUCUGUAGCCCUUAUUCUCAUUAGGGCUGUAGUUGAGCUGGAGCCCAUCCCAGCUGACUUUGGGCAACAGGCUUUGCACAUCAUGCAAUGAUCACCAGUCGAUUUCAAUAGAAUAUCAAUAUUUCGUGGAAAACAAGGUACAAUGACCAUGUUUUGUACUGCAGCUUCAAAAUCUGUAAUCUGCUUCAUGUAGUACUCCAGUUUCUAGUUUAAUGGCAGUUAAACAAUCGGGUUGUGCCAUUCUGGGACGAAUAACAGGUUUUCAUUGACACCGUUUUAGCGAACGAUUUCACAGCACUUUGUGAAAAUGAGCAGUAUAUUCUCUUUGUAUUUGCUAAAUGUUGUCCUGUGUCAUCAUUGUCAUCAUUCCAUCAAGCACAACAAAGAGUCAAAGUAUACGUAGUAGCUCCUUACACCAACAAACGUCUCACCCCUCUGUUCAAAUGCCAGGCCUACAUAAUUAAACAAAAAAAAAUAAUGGCCCCAAUCAUUCCCUUUUGCGUCAGUCCAUGUCAGAUGAGCUCAGGCCUGGAAAAGCUGGCCACGGCUGUUGCUGUUAUAUGACUUUCGCUUUACAUGGUUGAGUUUUAACUUGCAUUUGUUGAUGUAGCGAUUAAGGGCGUCAAUUGACAAUGUUGUUCCUGAGCCCUCAUGGCAAUAUCCUUGGUUAGUGAUGCCCGAGGAAUGAAAGGUCUCAGCAUUCAGUGUUUGUUUUCAGAUUUGGCACUUGCAGCGACGCAUUCAGAAUCUUUUAUCUUUUUAUGUUAUUUUGAAGUGGAAAUGAUGAAAUCUCAUGCACUUGCACGUUAACAAACGUUCCUAAUCCGUUGGACUAUUUGUUUACGCAGGUGUGGUACCUGCAUACCAGCAUAGUCAGAGUUGCAAAGAGUAAAUGGAGUGCAUUGUUAUAGUGCUUUAUCAAAACCAUAUAAACUCUCAGUGGGCGCCUCCUUGAUAUUAACAACCAGCUCUUAUGCAAAAGAAGUUGGAUGUAUCCCCCAAUACUUUCUGAACUACUACUUCCAUUCAAGUAAUUGACAUUACUGAUAUAUGAAUAUGUGACUGUCAGUGGGAAAAAACAGCCGACUGAGUCUGAUUCUGCAGAAAUGGACAUGGAUUUUGAUCGGGUUCAGGGGGACCCUGGUGGGAUUAAGGAGGUGGUCUUUUAUUUUAGUUGGUAAGGGAGCAAGUAUAUAUAGAUGUAUGGAAUGUACGUAUGGCAUCUAUAUAAAAACUCUUGUUGAAUUUCUUGAAUUGUUUUUGUCUUCUGGAAAAUUUCAGGAACAAUACUCAUAGUGUGUGUGUGUGUUUGUGUGUGCAGCAGGCUACUAUCAAACCUUCAAUGGGUCAUCAGGAAGGUGCAAUGUCAGUAGCAACAGCAGUUUAAGAGUGCAACAGAUAAAGAGUACGUCUGUCAUGUGUCAUCGUGGCAGAUGAAUGGCAGACGCGGGAAAUGCUGCAUUGCUUCCCAUCUGGGUGACGCACUGAGUGUAUCUCCGGGUCAGGCAAAGAAGCUCUGGAAUGAGAGCGACAGUUGCGAGUUCAGGUGGUGAGCAGGAAUGUUCUUCCCAAUGGCACGCAGGCCAUUUUAUUAUCACGGCAGGAAACAGUGAGGGCACGGUGAGCUAUACACACAUGUACACGUUGAAUCAUUGCGUCUCACUCAGAUAUUAAAAUCUGCCAGUGAAGGACUGUCCACAUGAAAUUUUGACAUGCCAUUAAUAUCCAAUUUUUAUUCCUAUAGACUUUACAGUAUAGUGCAAUGUGCAACACACACAUCUCUAUUGUACUCAUCAGGAAAUGAAGUGAAAAGAUUUGAGCAUCCUUCAUUUUUGGUCAUUGGGACUCACAGCUCAUUACAUUUCAAUUUCAUUUGGACAAGUGUUUUAAUGUCCUCUAAUAUGCCAUGGCAUUGCCACACUGGUGUACUUUGUCAAAAAGAAAUGCUCAAUGGCGCAUCAACAACGGCGUGCAGAACUCUGCCAUUUACAAACCAAAUAAACAAAUGAAAAAAAAUCAACUCUGGUGCACCCACCCAAACAAAAUAGCGCUUCCACAAGGAAGAGGCUACAGGAUAGUGUUUACAAAAUCCUCAUUAAGGAAGUUGUGAGAUAACACAUGCUCAGCAUCACACAAAGUGGAGGGCACGCACACACACACACACACACGCACACACACACACAGACACGGACACACACGCACGCACAGAGCAAAGCAAAGCCUACCAUAUCGUAGAUAAGAGACUGAGAGAAAAAGCUGGGAAGGGAGCGUAAAGCAUAGAAAGAAAGUACAAGACAACAGAGAUGACAAGGUGGACCUCUGUCACACUGCCACUGGACCUGUAGCUCAAUAGCUGUGCCCAAGACUAAAUGCUGUGCCAACAGCAAAGCUGCAAAAGGCUUACUGCAGGCACUAUACAUUGUCACAGCAAAGGUCAACAACGCUUUUUAUUGACCGUGACAACAAGACACUAACUGCAAUUUUUUUCUCCAUGGCGAGAAUUUGGGUUUCUCUUCUGGGAACUUUUUGCAGCACUGAGACUUUGCUUUUGCUAUUCUCUCUACUGUUGCUCCGAGGCCCUCUUUGUGGCGAGAGCAACCCGAUUUCCAACACUGACCGGAGGCUUCGACCCACUCCGGGGCUGGGAGACGGACUGGGAAGGGCGGUGGACUUUUCCCAAGCGGAGCAGGACAACAAUCUGAUCAUGCAGGGUGUGCUGGCGAGCCUGAAAGAGCAGUUCCUGCAGACCUUCAACCUGUCUGGCUUGGGUCCACCUCCACUGCCACCUGGAAGCAUACGAGAAGAGCCACCGGAGUACAUGAUGGAGCUCUACAACCGCUUUGCCAAUGACCGCUCCUCUGCGCCCAGUGCCAGCAUCAUCCGCAGCUUCAUAAAUGAGGAUUCCUCUUCAAGCACGGUUGGUAUUGGGGGAGUAAGGCGCCACCCACUCCUCUUCAACGUGUCAGUCCCCCAUCACGAACACAUCACGGCAGCCGAGCUCCGCCUCUACACGCUCAUCCAGUCUGAUCGCCACCUGUUUGCCGGCGUCGACCGCAAAGUGACUAUUUACGAAGUGGUACGUCAUGACGAAGAUGACAACAGCACAGAGGAGAAUUUCGCAAGAGGAGAUGACUUUGAGGUUGAAAUGGAUCGUUUGGAACUGGUGGAGUUGGCUUCAAGACAAGUGUAUGGCACUGACAAUGGCUGGGAAGCAUUUAACCUCACUGCUUCGGUGCAACGGUGGCGUAAGUCUGAGCACGGAACCACACAUCGUUUAGAGGUGCGCAUUGCCAGCGUGGCCGGUGAAGAUGACACGCAACGUGUCACACACCAAAGCAAAAACGGGAAAACUGAAGGGGACAUGAAGAUUGACACAAACGUGAAGGACAAACACAAGCCUCUGUUGAUUGUCUUCUCCAACGAUGAAAGCAGUGACCAUCGAGACAACAAGCACGAGCUGGAAGAGAUGAUUGACCACGAAACCUCCAACAUGAUCCUGCAAAAUGACUUGGAGAAUGACUUGUGGGGCGAUCUGGACGGCCACGGCGAGUCAGAGCCAAAUGAGGGCGACCUUCUCCAAAUGCGCUCCAAUCUGAUCUACGACACAAGCUCACGCAUCCGUCGGAACGCCAAGGGAAACCACUGCAGGAGACAACCUCUUCACGUAGAGUUCAAGGAUAUUGGAUGGGAUAGUUGGAUCCUGGCGCCCACCAGUUAUGAUGCCUACGAGUGCUCCGGGACUUGCUCAUUCCCGCUAACAAAGCAUGUCACGCCCACGAAACACGCCAUCGUCCAAACGCUGGUCAACAUCCACAGUCCUCAGAAAACAGCGCGAGCAUGUUGCGUGCCCACCAAGCUGGAUCCCAUCUCACUCCUGUACCUGGACGAGACAGGCGUGGUCACGUACAAGCACAAGUACGAAGGCAUGGCUGUGGCCGAGUGUGGCUGUAGAUAGCUGGACUCUUGAGGAAAGACAUUCAAUGAGGCUGAGAAUGUUUUCAAGAACAACAACAAGGACUCUACUCAAAAGGAAGUACAUCUAAUCACUAUUUAUAAAGUCCUGUGAGGCUGCGCGGAUUUUGUCCGUCGAGACAGAAAAGACGAUAUUCUCGUGAAUGGUAGCUGCCAACACAGUGAGACAGUAGAGAUCAGGUCACGCUGCAAGAGUGACGUUCGGGUGUCUUUUUGCCAGCGUGACUCAAAGUUACAAGAAGUUCCGAAAGGAUCUAACUCAGCACAUUCUGCAGUGUCUGUGGGAACCAGUGGGCCGGAGGGUCCCCCUCCUGCUCCAUCCCCCUGACAUGUGUUUUCCUCUCCACUUAUCUCCGCCCCCCCCCCCCCCCCCCCACUUGAUGCAAACACUAAUCAGCACUUCAUGCUCCCCGUUGCAGUGAAAUGACCUCCUGGAGGCAACCUGACAAGACUUGAACUCUCCAGGCUCGCCUCCUGCAGGAUCCUGAUACGUAGGCACCACGCAAGGGUCCGACGAACGGGGUUAUCUAUCCCUACCCAGUUUCCCCACUUCACAUGCUCCCCCACACACAUAAACACCCAAGCUGCAGAGAUAGCAAGGUGUUUGACAUGGAGAAACGUAUUCCACCGAUCAAACAUGGACGUCAUUCUCGACAACGUUUGAGGUGGCAGCAUGACGGAUUGAGACAAAACAUGGAUUGAGCACAUUCCUAGACUAGGUAACUCAUUAUGUUCACUGUCUCAACUUGGUGACCUGGCACCUCCUGUUUCUCAUUUGGAUCAUCACUCACUUUUAUGGUAAAUUGCCUUUCUGGAAGGGAAUAUUUAUCAUAUGUGGACCAAAGUCAGGGAAAAACAAAAAGAAGCUAGGUUCUCUAGGUAAUACUCAAAAGAAAAUUGUGUUUUGUUUUUGUUAUAGGGCUAUUGAUUGAUACCUUUGCUGCUUGUAAUAAAUACACUUAUUUAUUGCUCUAAUUUAUUGUGUUUUUUUUUUAAAGGAAACAUAUCGAUAGUGGGGAUCUUUCAGCUUAAAAUGACUCAAGAAAGCGGCAGAGGGUCAAACACUAAAUGUAAAUUGUCAUAUAGCUGUAUUUCCAAUGAAGAUGAGGCUGGCCUUGAUUGUUACGAAUCAUUUGGCCUGCUUCUUCUCCGUUGCUUUCUUCAUCCAAUGGUAUCAGCACAUAGGUCAGAGUUCACCCAUGGCUUCCAAACAAAGAAGCAUGGGAAUGUGAUUAGAGUGACUGUUAAUGAAGAAAAUGGAUAGUGUGCUGCUGACUCUGACUGUGAUGGAAAACCUGUUGAUGAGGCUGAACACUGAUAAAAUGAUUAGAAUGAUGAUGACUUGGCUGUCAAAUUGUAGGAUCCUGAAAAUGGAUUGAGAUAUUGUCUCACUCUUUUCAUGUACCAACGCACAAUGAGAUUGUAAAUAAAGGAUGUGAUCCAA